AUGAAGCUACGAAAAGACAACGAUUGGGGGCUCGUGUGGGUACCACUGACUAAGACAUUCCAUUUUGUCAACCGCAAGACCGGUGCUAAAGAGAAUGUGACUGUCGAAGAGAAUGCCUAUGAGCUUAGGGCUAAGAGCGAAGCUUAUGGGCUCGAAGACCUCAGCCUACCUACUCCCGAGCAGACACGAGUCGCACUAGAGGCUGCAUUGGAGUCUGGUCGCGAAAAUGCAGUCGCGCAACUACUCACCUUCAACACGGAAGUAGUCUAA